UUAUUAUUAUUUAUUAUUAACCAAACAAAAGCAAGAAAGUAAAAGCAAAAGAUGCCACAGAGACACCAUCUUCUGACUUAGACCACCGAGUGUUACCAUAAUUCAACCCUCAAAGAUUCACUCUCCUACACUUUUUCUUCUUCACUCUUCUAGCUUCACGGUUAGUUCACUCCAUUUUCACUACAUCACUCUCACUUCUUCACCUCUUUUGCGAUUUUCCUUUUUCCAUUCCCGAUUCUUUCAUCUCUGCCUUUUUUUUCUUUUUAAUUUCUGCAUCUUUCUUGAUUACUGAUUAAUUAAUAGGUUUCAAAAUAGGUUUUAUUAUGCCUUUUUCCUUUAUAGUUAAUUCGGAUAGCAUUGCAUGAGUUGUGUUGUUAAAGAUUGUGUUUCUGUUAACGGAUUCGUCAUCGAGUUUCGCUACUGGAGUUGAAUUUCAUUGCGUUGCAGAAUAAAUGUAUAAGAGUGAUUUCCUUCAGGACCAAUCCCUAUGGAGGUGGUAAUGCAUUGGAAUCUCUGGUGCUGCAUUCUUUUGGGAUAUCUUCAUAUAUAUUGUAUUUCUCUUAGUUCAGGACAUCACCUGAAUAAGAGUAUUGGCUUAGAGAGGUGGUUGGGUUAUUCUGGGUCACUUGUGCGAGACGAUUCUCAACUCCAUGAUUCUGCAUUUGGUGACACAUCAACUUUGUCAUCACCAUUGAAUGUCUUAGUCUCUUGUGAGGACUUGGAAGGUGUAGGAUCUUUUAAUACCACGUGCUUGCUAAGCUCAACUCAUUAUUUAAAAUCUGAUAUUAACAUUUAUGGCGUUGGAAACCUGGAGCUACUUUCUGAUGUGUCGCUUUUAUGCCCUGUGGAAGGGUGCAUGAUAUCAGUAAAUGUGUCUGGCAACAUUAAACUUGGUCAAAAUGCAUCCAUUGUUGCUGGUUCUGUGGUUUUAUCUUCAGCCAAUCUGACUAUGGAAUGCAAUUCUUAUCUAGACUCAUCAUCUUUAGGUGGGUCACCACCUUCCCAAACUAGUGGAACUCCUGUUGGCAGUGACGGAGCUGGUGGAGGGCAUGGUGGGCGUGGUGCAUCUUGUUUAAAAAAUAAUAAGACAAACUGGGGUGGUGAUGUUUAUGCUUGGUCUACAUUGUCUGAACCAUGGAGUUACGGGAGCAAGGGUGGUGGGAAAUCUCAUAUAAAGCAAUAUGGAGGGAAUGGUGGAGGACGUGUUAAGCUUCUAGUGAAGGACACUUUAUAUGUAAAUGGAUCUAUUACUGCAGAAGGAGGAGAUGGGGGGUCUGAUGGUGGAGGUGGCUCUGGUGGAAGUAUAUGGGUUCAUGCUGUGAAGCUGAAAGGGUAUGGUACCGUUAGUGCUGCAGGUGGGAGAGGAUGGGGUGGAGGGGGUGGAGGAAGAAUAUCACUGGAUUGUUACAGUAUACAAGAAGAUUUAAAUGUUACGGUUCAUGGAGGUUUGAGCAUUGGCUGUCCUGGGAAUUCCGGAGCAGCUGGAACAUAUUUCAAUGCACAUUUACUGAGUUUGAAAGUUAGCAAUGAUAAUGUCACAACAGAAACUGAGACUCCUUUGCUUGACUUCUCAACCAGCCCUUUAUGGUCAAAUGUUUAUGUGGAAAAUAAUGCAAAAGUUUUGGUUCCACUUGUGUGGUCCAGAGUCCAGGUCAGAGGCCAAAUUAGUGUAUACAGUGGAGGAAGCUUAAUCUUUGGGCUGUCUGAUUAUCCAAUUUCUGAGUUUGAGCUUGUUGCAGAAGAGCUUUUAUUGAGUGAUUCUAUCAUAAAGGUUUUUGGUGCAUUUAGAGUUUCUGUUAAAAUGUUACUCAUGUGGAACUCCACAAUGCAAAUUGAUGGUGGUGAGACUACCGUUGUGACUGCUUCAGUGCUUGAAGUGAGAAAUCUUGCUGUUUUAAGGCAAAAUUCUGUCAUCAGUUCAAAUACAAACUUGGCUUUAUAUGGUCAAGGACUACUGCAAUUGACUGGUGAAGGCGAUGCUAUCAAAGGCGAGCGAUUAUCCUUGUCUCUGUUCUAUAAUGUAACUGUAAGCAAUUAUCUUUACAAGGACUUAUGUAGUUUUUAUACCUUUUGAAGUUGUUAUAAGAGAUUUAAAUAUUUC